AAAAUGCCACGUGGAGGUGGAAGUAGAAGUUCUGGCGGAUCCAGCGGUGGUGGGAGAAGUUACGUCGACAACUCGUACAACAGGAGUUUGGGACGAGUUGGAAUGCCCGUGGGUUCAAUGGUGGUUUCCAGCGGGGGUAGUAGAUCAUCCUCAGCAAGCACCAGCUUUUUAGGUUCAAGUUUUGGAGGAAGCAGUGGUAGCAGCAAGUCGUAUGUCGACAAUUCCUACAAUCGAAGUUUGGGUAGAGUUGGUAUGCCUGUAGGUUCGAUGGUGGUAUCCAAUGGAGGUACUAGUAGUAGACCAUCCUCGGCUAGUAGUGGUGUUUUCGACUUUGGCACUUCAAGCAGUGGGAAGACCUAUGUUGACAAUGCUCAGAAUCGUCAGCUUGGCAGAGUGGGAAUGCCUGUAGGAUCCAUGCCUGUUUCCAGUUCAGGCAGUUCUUCUUCCCCCAAAACAUACGUUGAUAAUGAGUAUAACAGAAAACUCGGAAGGGUAGGCAUGGAACAUGGUGCAAUGGUGGUCUCCAAAGGCUCCUCAGAUGAAGGAAGUUCAAGAGGAACGAAACAUUAUGUCGAUAAUUCUCUAAAUAGAAGUCUUGGGCGUGUCGGUCUUCCUCACGGAGCAUACGCUGAUGCUGGAGAAGUUCGAUUUUAUAAGGAUAAUCCAUUUAACCGAAGACUAGGACGUGUGGGAAAACCAGUUGGAACGGCAGUUUAUUCGAAAUCUGGAGAGGAUGGUUACAAAGUCUACGCCGACAAUUCAGAAAACCGUCGUCUCGGAAGAGUAGGUUUCCCAUUAGGAUCUAGACCCAAAGCCUCGUUUUCAGGAACGAAGCGCACAUAUCGCGACAAUUCUCUGAACAGGGCUCUUAAUAGAGUUGGAGACGAGCUUGGAACAAAACCGGUAACCUGCAGCAGGGAAACAGAGUGGAUCCACAAAGCGUAUCAAAGAUACAGAGAAAAUCCGGAUGCAGAGAUUUAUCAAGGGUUACCAGCGCUGCCAGAAGAAAUGGAAACGGAUGCGAUGGAAAAAAUGAUGGAUCUGUUAAACAGACUACAGUUUGAGAAAGAAUGGCGCGAAAAAUCAAAGACAAAGCCCGUUCCGAAGACAGAAGAUGCAUUACUUCACUACACCGGGCCGACGGUUGAGUUUUCCGAUUUAAAGCUUGGAAGAAUCAUCGGUCGUGGUGGAUUCGGGGUCGUUCACCACGCCAAGUACAAUGGCUCAGUUGUUGCUGUGAAGAAGUUGCACGUCACUCGGGUUUCCAAGCGUCGUCAGAAAGAAUUCACUGAAGAGGUGAAUAUUCUAAGCAAGCUUGACCAUUCAUUCAUUGUCAAGUUUAUCGGUGCUUGCACAACAGCGCCGAAUCUUUGUAUCGUGAUGGAGUACAUGCAAAUGAGUUUGUACGAAGCUCUGCAUGUGGACUGUGCUGAUCUGGCCGACUUUACCGAUGAAGAUCGUCUUGCCAUGAUCAUGCAGACCCUUACUGGCUUAGAGUAUCUACAUGAGAAAAAUGUUGCUCAUUGCGACAUUAAGUCAAGAAACAUUCUCAUCGACCAUGACGGUGAGAAGUUUACGGUUGCCAAACUGACAGAUUUUGGGUUGAGUAUGAUGAAAAAUGAAACGGAGACUUCUUUGUCGUCUAAUCACGAGGCAGUUCGCAACAUAGGAACACCUCGGUAUUCUUCGCCAGAGGUUCUUCGAGGUGAACUUUUAAGCUUAGAUCAGAUGAAGAUGAGCGACAUGUAUUCUUACGCUUUAGUUGUGUUUGAAAUAAUUUGUGAAGAGGAACCGUUUGCCAAUCUUAACGCUGCACAGCUGCGCACCCAAGUUGGCGAGAAGGGUCUUUACCCACAAUUCCCUAAAGAUGUUGGUCCCGAUAUUAAUCUGGCAACACAACUUUUGGCUUGCUGGGAGAGAAAGCCAUCUAAUCGUCCCACAGCUAACAGUUUUCUUCGAGUUGUUAAUCGCUUGUCGUGUGUUUAUGAGAAAUAAGAUUGGUAAAAUCACAAACAAUGCAUUUUGCUGGAUCACAAUAUUUACAUUUCAUUAUCGUUGCAUUUUUUACGGUAUUGUUGAACCUUGUUUAAUUUUGACGCUUACUAGACUAGUAUACAUCUUUUAAAUCGAAUUUAUGUCACUUAGCUUUUAUGAACUUGUACUUUGUGUAUUUACAGUUGUAAGAUGAUGAAUUUCUGUUUUCCUUUGUUAAUGUGACAAAAUCAUUCUGUUGUUUAUUCUUGCCAUCGGAUAUACAUGUCUACUGCCAAAACCCAUAUUGUUGUAUAGUUUUUUCAGACAUUUAUUUUCAGGUAUAGUUCAAUACUUUUCAUACAAUAUAUUAUAUUAUGCAUGCAAUUUUCUACU